CAGAGCCACCACUUCUGCACCAAACGAGCAUUUUAAACUUACACCACAUGAUACUUUUUCAUAUUACUGGAGUUCGUGAUAAACUGCCAAACAUAUUAGUACAAUAAAUACAGAGGUGGUUUAUGUUGGUAAAGUUUUAGGAAUUUAAUUUAAGAAAUUUCGUUAUUAAUAGUGUUCGUAUCCAGUUGAAAUGAAAUAAUUUGUAGGCUAACGGCUUAUUAAAUUGGUGAAUUUUGACACCAAUAGAAAAUAAAAAUUCAAAGUAGACCUAAACUAAUGUAUAAUUUAUACGUGCUUUCAUAAAUCUUGAACUGUUCACUGCAUCUUUGUAUUAAAUUAGUGUUAUUAAAGGAUGUGUUUUAAACCGAAAACAAUAUCAAGCUCAAUAGGGAGGAAAGCGCUUUGAUUGACACAAUGCGCGGCAACGUAAUAGACGAGCAAUGGGCGGGGCAUUAGUUAAACGCCAGAGGAUUGGCCCUCUUUCAUUGGCGAUGUCUUGACUUUCCCAAUGAAAUGUGAGUUUGUGGGUUUGGCUUAUGAAAUCACACAAUCAGAGCGUCUGUAAAUUAGCAUACAGUAGUGAAUAUAAUCCCCCGUACGGCUGCCAAAUACCAUUCUUUCGUGAGAUUCCGAUCACACAGUUUUAUCAUGCCUGAACCCGCUAAAGCUGCUCCCAAGAAGGGCUCCAAGAAAGCCGUGACGAAGACCGCCGGUAAAGGAGGAAAGAAGCGCAAGAGGACCAGGAAGGAGAGCUACGCCAUCUACGUGUACAAAGUGCUGAAGCAGGUCCAUCCUGACACCGGCAUCUCCUCCAAGGCCAUGGGCAUCAUGAACUCGUUCGUCAACGACAUCUUCGAGCGCAUCGCCGGUGAGGCUUCUCGUCUCGCCCACUACAACAAGCGCUCCACCAUCACCUCCAGAGAGAUCCAGACCGCCGUGCGGCUGCUGCUGCCCGGAGAGCUGGCCAAACACGCCGUGUCCGAGGGCACCAAGGCCGUCACCAAAUACACCAGCUCCAAGUAGAAUUUCGGCUUUAACCAACACAAAGGCUCUUUUAAGAGCCACACAUCUGUUUCACAUAUAGAGCGAUUUUGUUUCAAGAGAUGUUUGAUCCAUUACAGCACGUAUGACAGCAAAAUCAACACAAACGAUAGUUAAGAGUAAUGAUAGAUUAUCGUGCUAAUGACGUCAAGUCAAAGAGGACAACGUUACAAUUUAUUAUGUAGCAUAACCGAUAUGUUAGGUUUGUCUACGUGCUCGAUCAUAAGGACGUGUCCUCAAUCUAUAAUGGGAGAAAAAAACACUAGUGGCUCUCUACCUGCGUUUAAAAUUUUGGUUGUUUAUUAGUACUUUACAGUACGGUUUAAUUCUACUUCCCUAAUUUAUUAUGUAAAUCCAAAACUUGAUAUGUCGUUGUUUUUUUUUCUGUAUGCCGGUAGUUUUUUUUUUUUCUUCAAGAUCUUUACGCAGAUUGAAGUGGUCACUAAGAUGCUUGAACAUCUGUCACUAGAUGUGAAUUUUAUUGUGUUAAAGAAUUUAUACUUUAAAAUUAUAUUGCACGAAAGAGACCUCAUUUAUUUAGUUGCCUAUAGGAAAAUGCUUAUUGUGCCAUUCUGAUAAGAUGCUUGCUAAAGAGCAAGACAUCCUUGUGUGCGUGUGUGUUCCUGUCUGAGCUUGCUUGUCAACUAAAUCGCUGGAUAUUGUUCUGACUGAAACACAUUGUGGAGAUUUUUUAACCAAUUAGGUUAAAACACCUAUUUAUGACACAGUUAGCAAGGUUAUGUUAGAGAGUGUUGUUAAUUUGGGAUUGUAAGCAGAACGGCCUAGUGCUGGCUUCUCCUGAUGGAAUUGCAAACUAUCUGCAAUAAACUUACUUUAACUGAUUA